AUGACUUUGAAUCCAGUGGUUAUAGGUGCAAUACGUGGGGCAAAGAAAGAACUAGGUCAUCUCGUUGUUCCUGUGAUUAUUGGUCAAGAAAUCACUAUUGGUCGCGCAAAAACGAAUACUAUUGUUGUGGAUUCUGAAUUAGUUAGUCGUACCCAUUGUCGAAUUUAUUUGUUGGCAACUAGUGAAGAUCACCAUAUGGUUUAUGUAGAGGAUUUUAGUCGUGGUGGUACUUUUCUGAACGGUGUUCGAAUUGGCAAAGGGAAUCAUCGAGCUCUUUAUCCUGGAUGUAUUUUAACUAUGGCUUUACCUACUAUACCAUUUUCUUUUAUUCGUAUGGGAACGGACUGGACAGAAACUACGACAAUGAAUUUAACUUGUGGACAAGUAAAGAUAUCUGAUGAAAUGAUCGGUUCUGGCUCUCAAUCCAAAGUAUAUCUUGUUGCUAAUGAAUUUCCUUGUCGACAUCAAUUUGUAUGUCGUCGUACACGAAAACAAAAAUUAUUUGGCGGUGAUCGACGUUUACAUGAAUUACAAUUGAAGAAUGAACUUGAAUUAUUACAAACAUUCCAUCAUCCAAAUAUCAUUCAAUUGAUAGAUUAUACCAUUCAUUCUGAUAAUACUGUCUCAAUGUUUUUUCCUUUGGUUUGUGGUGGUUCUCUAGAAGUUUUAUUGAAAGGCAGAAAUAUGUUACUUGCUGAACAACAAGUUCAAUUUAUUAUGUAUCAAUUAUUCUCUGGUACAAAGUAUCUUCAUGGUAACCGGAUUAUUCAUCGAGAUCUCAAGCCAAGUAAUAUUCUAGUAUACAAGACUGGUCACGCUUACCCACGCAUUAUCAUCACUGAUUUUGGAUUAUCUAUUCAAAUGGAUAAGGAACAAUUAUGGUCGCAUAGUGAUGGAACUAAAAGUUACUUUGCUCCUGAAUUGGCAAAAGAUGAUACUUCUUGUGAUCCUUUUGAUACCAAAGUAGAUUGUUGGAGUCUGGGUUUAAUCCUUCAUCAAUUAUUGACACGUUAUUUACCUUUUGAACUGGAUGCUGAAUAUAAACAAGAAAGUAUCAAUGUCGAUGAUCAUGGUUUGUGGAAACUUCAACGACAAUGGAUUCUAUAUGGACAAGUGAAUAUAAAUUUACCUUUAAUCUCAUCUCAAGCAAUAUCAUUGACGUGUCAUUUAUUAGAAAAGGAACCAAGUCAAAGAUGGUCAAGUCAACAAGCUUUUGAAUCCCCUUUUAUUCAAGAUGGAUUGGCCAAACCUUGGUUUCUUGAUGCACAUAAUCGAAUGAUGGAUUCUUUUAUGAUGGAUUCUUCUGUACAAAUGGAGGAUGAUUUGAUGAUGCCUUCCAAAUCACUAUUGCCUACACCCAAGGUUUCCAUUGCCAAUCCAAUUCCAUUUCCUGGUGAUCAAGCACAACGACAAGCAUUUUAUAUGACAAUCAAUCAAUAA